AUGGCCGAGGAACAGAAGCCCGUCGUCGACCUCCCCGCGGUCCCCAAGGAGGAGACGACUCCCGCCGUCGUGGAGCCCACCACCGCUGCCGCUGCCGAGACGGCUGCCCCCGCCGCCACCGAGACGACGGUCGAGGCUACGCCCGCCGAGGCCGCCGUGGCCCCCAAGACGGACGACAAGAAGGAUGAGGUCAAGCCCGUCGAGGAGGGCCACCUGGGCCACAAGGCCCAGGGCGCCAGCUUCCCCAAGAACCUGAUCGCCAGCAAGGAGUUCUUCUUCUUCGGCUCCGACGCCGUCGAGCCCAAGUCUCUGGCCCACUACCAGAAGACCGAGAAGUCGACCGAGACGGCUCACCACAACAUUGCCUGGGCUUCCCACACCGGACUGGGCCUUCUCUUCGUCGGCGACAAGAAGGCCCCCCACAGCGUCAUCAACCUGGCCGAUGCCAGCGAGCCCGAGGUCGAUGGCACCAACAAGUUUCACUUCACUUCCAAGGGCAACAAGCACAGCUUCAAGGCCGCCUCUGCCACUGAGCGUGACGGCUGGGUCGCCCAGCUGAAGCUCAAGAUCGCCGAGGCCAAGGAGCUCGCCGCCACUGUCACCGAGUCCGACGCCUUCAAGAAGACCGUCGAGAGCUUCAAGCCCGCUCCCGUCGUUGCCAAGGAGGCUGCCCCCGCUGAGGAGCCCGCCAAGGCUGAGGAGGCCAAGGCCGAGGAGUCUCCCAAGGAGGGCGAGGCUGCCCCCAAGGAGGAGUCCAAGGAGGAGGAGCCCAAGCGCCGCUCCGCUAGCCGCAAGCGCACUUCUUUCUUCGGCUUCGGCAAGAAGGAGGAGAAGAAGGAGGAGACCAAGGCGGAGGACGCCCCCGUCGCCGCUGAGACUGCCCCCGAGGAUGAGGCUCCCAAGGUCGAGGAGACUCCUGCCCCCGCCGCUGAGACUGCGGCCGUCGAGGACAAGCCCGCCGAGGAGGCUGCCCCCGCUGAGAGCCCCAAGGAGAAGCCCGCUCCUUCCAAGCGCAACAGCUUCUUCGGCAAUGUCUUCUCCAAGAAGGAGAAGAAGCCUGCUGAGUCGGCCAAGCCCGCCGAGGAGGCCACCGAGGCCCCCAAGGAGGGUGACGCUCCCGCCACCGAUGCCACCGCCCCCGUCAUCCCUCCCGUUGAGUCGACGACCCCUCUGGCUGUGGACGUCUCGAACCCCGCCACGGUCCCCACCGAGACCGUCGAGGCCCCCGCCACUAACGGUGAGGCCAAGAAGGAGGUCAAGGAGAAGCGCAAGUCGUCUCUGCCCUUCGCCUUCGGCAAGCGCGAGAAGUCGCCCUCUCCCGUCGACGGCGAGGAGAAGACCGGCAAGAGCGCGUUCUCCAAGCUCCGUGCUACUAUCAAGGGCAAGGGCGCCGCCAAGGCCGAGGAGAAGCCCGCCGAGGAAGCCGCCAAGGAUGUCACCACUGAGGAGCCCGCCAAGGAGGCCGCCGCCGACGAGGUUGCCAAGGAGGAGGCCCCCGUCGCCGAGGCCUCCAAGGCUGCCGAGCCCGAGGCUGAGAACAAGCCCGAGAACGUCGCCUCGUCUACUCCUGCUGUCACCGCUGCCGCCUAG